UACUUGAGACGUUGACCUGUAUUACUAUGCUGUUUACAAAUAACUAAACUAUGCAGAGUCACCCAAAGUCUACCAAAGGCCACAAUAUCAAGCAAAGUCAAAUUAAAACACAAAUAAGUUAAUAACCAGUGGAUCCUUUAUUCAAUAAAUUUAAGACUAUUUAAUAUAUUUAGGAGGAACAAAGAUUUUAACAUAAAUAACUGUUUUUAUUUCGUCUACAGUGGUGUUCAUAUAAUUCCAGGCAAGUUAUAACAAAGGGAAAUAAUCCCUCCUGGCUAUCACUUUAUAGCUAGAAGGGACAGAACCUAUAGCCACCAUGGUGGGGUUAUGAUAGCAGCCAAGGACAGUAUCGUUAGCAUGGAAAUAAACAUAACAACCAACACUGAGAUCUGUGCAGCCUCAAUUGAAAGACAAGGGAGCCAACCCCUUAUAGUUGAGCAGGGUACCGUCCACCAUGCACAGACCAAGCUUACAUGGAAGAAAUGUGCCUUAACCCUUUGCAUGAUGGGAAAUUUGUCAUCUGCUAAAAUGUCGUCUGCUGAAUUUCUAAAAUUAGCAUUUUCUAUGAUUUUUUUCAAAGAAUACUAUCAGAAUAGCAAACAGUUUGGAUCCUGAUGAGACGCCACGUUCUGUGGCGUCUCAUCUGGAUCCAAACUGUUUGCAAAGGCCUUUAAAAUUCGGCUCCAGCGCUUUAAGGGUUAAGAUUAGGGAUUUACAUUCCAACUACACCAAGUCCACUAUCUAGACAUGAAUCUCCUCGAUAUUAACUGGGCCAGCUCCACUAUAGAUUGAAACUUGAACCUGGUCGGCACUAACCAGCUGUUAAUUGACACCAUCUUUAAUACAUGCUCUGAGCAAAUAGUAACAUUCCCAACAAGAAACAACAAUACACUUGACCUCUUCAUUACAAAGAGACCAUCCCCCAUGAAAAAGUCAAAACCCCUUCCUGGAAUAAGUUAUCAUGACAUCAUCCUUAUCCAAACAACUGAUAGCGUACACAAACAACAACCAAUCAGCCACAAAAUCCUCCUCUGGAAACAAGCCAAUAUCGAAGGCCUCAAGCAAAUGGCUAGACUGUUCUUAUCUGAUUUCACCUCAAAACUCAGCGAGAGGACAAACAUUGCCACGCAUUUGUCCAACUUCAAAGAAUUCUGCAUGACCGCCAUCGACAGCAAUGUACCAUAAAAAAUGACUUCACCAAGAUGCAGUCAACCUUGGGCAAAUAAAAAGAUCAGACGUCUCUCGAACAAGAAAAAACGUGCAUACAGGAAAGCCUGUAAAUCCAAUGACACCCAAGACAAAGAGCACUACAACCAGCUGCGUAUAAGCUCCAAGUAGAGCUUACAACUCCUAUGUAAACAACUUGACAACUGACGAUCAUGGCAAGAAACUAUACUCAUUCAUAAAGAGCAAGCGCUGUGACAGUUCUCGUGUCUCCUCACUGAAGAGAGAUGGCGUAGCACACAGUGAUCUCAAAAUAAAGGCCACCAUACUAAGCCAGCAGUUAAGUAGUGUGUUCACCACUGAGGACCACAGCUACUGCCCAACAUGAUUGGUGACCCAUCUGCAACAAUCCACAACUUCUCUAUUGGACUUGAGGGAGUUAAACGGCUCUUAGAGACACUUGACCCCCACAAGGCCACUGGACCUGACACGAUACCAACACGGUUCCUGAGGGAGAUUGCAGCUGAAAUUGCCCCAGCGCUUAGGCUUGUCUUUGCUGCUUCCCUACAGCAAGGACGCUCCCAAGAUCAAUGGAAGUCAGCACAUGUAACCCCAGUUUUCAAGAAAGGGGACAAAAGCAACCCGGCUAACUAUUACCCAAUCUCUCUGACAUCUGUAUGCUGCAAACUCAUGGAACACAUCAUCCACAGCCAAGACACACAUAACAUCUUGGCUGACCAAGAACACGGCUUUCGGCGAAGACGCAGUUAUAUUAAUCGCAACUUAUCCUCACCCUACAGGACCUUGCUGCAUCCCUUGAUGUGGCGAACAGAUUGAUGCGAUUCUACUCAACUUCUCGAAAGCCUUCGAUGUUGUUCCGCAUCAACAACUCCUCAUGAAACUAAGUCAUUACGGAAUCAGCGUCUCAGUCCUAACCUGGAUAGAAAGUUUUCUAUCUGGUCGAAGCCAACGGGGUCUAGUUGAAGGACAGUUCUCCAACACAGACAACUUCACAUCAGGCGUCCCUCAGGGCUCUGUACUUGGACCUCUGCUCUUUCCGGUCUACAUCAAUGACCUCCCAGGCAUCAAAAACAGGUCUCUUUGCUGAUGACACUCUCUUAUACAGAAGGAUCAAGACAGCACAAGACGCAGUAACACUCCAGUCUGAUCUGGAUUCCUUACAGAAAUGGGAAAAAGACUGGCAGUUGUCCUUCAACCCGUCAAAGUGUGAAGUCAUACACAUCUCCAAAAAGCGGCAUCCCAUAAAGUCAGAGUACCUUAUUCAUGGUCAGAAGCUCGCACCUGUAAAGGAAGGCAAAUACCUUGGUGUGACUAUCUCGGAGAACUUGUCCUGGAAACCACACAUAGCUGCAGUCACUCGGAAGGCAAAACACAGCCUUGGCUUCCUGAGGGGCAACCUGUCCAGCUGCCCACUAAGUGUCAAAGAAGUACCUGUAAAGGAAGGCAAAUACCUUGGUGUGACUAUCUCUGAGAACUUGUCCUGGAAACCACACAUAGCUGCAGUCACUCGGAAGGCAAACAACAGCCUAGGCUUCCUGAGGGGCAACCUGUCCAGCUGCCCACUAAGUGUCAAAGAAGUACCUGUAAAGGAAGGCAGAUACCUUGGUGUGACUAUCUCAGAGAACUUGUCCUGGAAACCACACAUAGCUGCAGUCACUCGGAAGGCAAACAACAGCCUAGGCUUCCUGAGGGGCAACCUGUCCAGCUGCCCACUAAGUGUCAAAGAACGUACAUACUCCACCUUAGUGUGUCCAAUACUGGAGUACGCUGCUACCGCAUGGGACCCUUAUACCCAAACAUAUAUCGACCAACUUGAAGCAGUCCAGAGACGCGCUGCUCGCUUUGUGAAAGGGGAUUACCGAACCACAAGCAGUAGUUCACAGAUGAUAGCAGACAUUGGAUGGCAGCCCCUUCAAGCGAGACGUCAAACAUCUAAGGUUACCAUGAUGUACCGUAUAAUCAAUAACCUUAUUGAUAUUCCGUCCGACCCCUACCUCCGCCCUGCUAUAUCAUCCUCAAGAGACAGCAGUAUUAGAUACAUCGUACCAUACUGCAGAACUGACUAACCUCCGUCACUCCUUCUUUCCGUCAGCAACAAGACUGUGGAACCAACUGCCCAACCACCUUGUGACGGCCCCCAGUUUGGAAGCGUUCAAGGAAGGGAUGGCAUCGAAAUAAGCUACAAUAAAUCUGUAAAUAGUUUAAAAAAUUAUUUUAACUGCGCCACAUCGCGAUCUUUUAAAGCAUUUUUCUUGUACGACAAUGCCCCAGAGAGGGAUAUAGUACAAUAAACGAAGAAGAAGACGAAGAAAGGCAUUUCAAGAGUUACAGUGGGUUUAUUGGACUUUAAGUGCAUGUGUAUGACUUUGUGUAACUUUGCUACACUUUGUGUGUUUUUGUAGUGUUAAGUGUGACCUUUACGGGCUAUAAAACGCAUACCGGAAACGCAGACAAUUUACAUUAUAACGAUUGGUAACAUUGAAAAUGCAUACGAUAUGAACAAAGAAGGAACAUGCAGACGGUGAUUGGAGUUCGUUAUUAUGGUGUUUGUUAUUGUUUGGUUGUUUGAAUUUUAAUGUUUGAUGUUGAAAAUAAAUAAUUGAUUCUUAAAUAUCGAUGUUUUGUUGAAAACGUGGCUCGGAAAGAGAUUUUGACCCAGAUCGGAAUUAGCUUAAUAUAACCUCAAAACUUAUCUUGAUCGUCUGCGUUUUUACGUAUACGUUGUAGUAUCCGCCCCUUUACGGCAUGUAAACAUCAGCUUUUUAUAAUUUUAAAGAUGUGUGAUUAAUGCUAUAAUGCUUCGUAAACAAAGGAAAAUCAUGGCAAAAAUUCCAAAAUUUUCUCUCCAACUAGAAGUCCGCAUCCCCUUCAGUGAUCAGUGUUACAUGCUAUACUACAAGAACGCGGUUAUGUUGCCAAUGUUCUAGGUAAUUAUGCUCAAAUCAGCAAAUGCAGUCAAUGAAGUGUAUUCAUUUGGAUUUAGCUGUGGGAAGUUUUAUUUGAAUUCUGUUGGACGCUAACAAAGGUCACGUAAGGGGAAAAGCUGGCUUAGACAGCUACACCGAAAAAUUACACUAUAAAUCAGGUUUGUCGCUCAUCUGAGCAGAAUGUGCUCCUGUUGAGCGUUUGUAAUAGCAUUUUUUCUGUUUUUUAGCUCACCUGUCACGAAGUGACAUGGUGAGCUUAUUUGACCGUGUGAUGUCCGGCGUCUGUAUGUGCGUGCGUGUGUCCGUCAACAAUUUGUUUAUGUAGACAGUAGAGGUCACAGUUUUCAUCCAAUCUUUAUGAAAUUUUGUCAGAAUGUCAUCUUGAUGAAAUCUGGGUUGGGAUUGUAUUUGGGUCAUCUGGGGUCAAAAACUAGGUCACUAGGUCAAAAACUAGGUCAAAUAAUUGAAAAACCUUGUGUAGACUAUAGAGGUCGCAGUUUUCAUCCAAUCUUUAUGAAAUUUUGUCAGAAUGUCAUCUUGAUGAAAUCUGGGUUGGGAUUGUUUUUGGGUCAUCUGGGGUCAAAAACUAGGUCACUAGGUCAAAAACUAGGUCAAAUAAUUGAAAAACCUUGUGUAGACUAUAGAGGUCGCAGUUUUCAUCCAAUCUUUAAGAAAUUUGGUCAGAAUGUUUAUCUUGAUGAAAUCUGGGUUGGGAUUGUAUUUGGGUCAUCUGAGGUCAAAAACUAAGUCACUAGGUAAAAAAACUAGGUCAAAUAGUAGAAAAACCUUGUGUAGACUAUAGAGGUCGCAGUUUUCAUCCAAUCUUUAUGAAAUUUAGUCAGAAUGUUUAUCUUGAUAAAUCUGGGUUGGGAUUGUAUUUGGGUCAUUUGGGGUCAAAAACUAGGUCACAAGGUCAAAAACUAGGUCAAAUAAUAGAAAAACCUUGUGUAGACAAUAGAGGUCGCAGUUUUCAUCCAAUCUUUAUGAAAUUUGGUCAGAUUGUUUAUCUUGAUAUAAUCUGGGUUUGGAUUGUAUUUGGGUCAUCUGAGGUCAAAAACUAAGUCACUAGGUCAAAUAAUAGAAAAACCAUCAACAAUUUGUUUGUGUAGACAGUAGAGGUCACAGUUUUCAUUCAAUCUUUAUGAAAUUUGGUCCGAAUGUUUAUCUUGAUAAAAACUGGGUUGGGAUUGUAAUUCGGUCAUCUGGGGUCAAAAACUAGGUCACUAGGUCAAAUAAUAGAAAAACCUUGUAUAGACAAUAGGGGUCGCUGUUUUCAUCCAAUCUUUAUGAAAUUUGGUCAGAAUGUUUAUCUUGAUGAAAUCUGGUAUGGGAUUUUUUGGGUCAUCUUGGGUCAAAAACUAGGUCACUAGGUCAAAUAAUAGAAAAACCUUCUGUAGACAAUAGAGGUCACAGUUUUCAUCCAACCUUAAUGAAAUUGGGUCAGAAUGUUUGUCUUGAAGAAAUCUGGGUUGAGAUUGUAUUUGAGUCAUCUGGGGUCAAAAACUAGGUCACUAUGUCAAAUAAUAGAAAAACCUUGUGUAGGCAAUAGAGGUCACAGUUUUCAUCCAAUCUUUAUAAAAUUUGAUCAGAAUGAUGAUCUUGAUAAAAUCUGGAUUGGGAUUGUUUUUGGGUCACCUGGGGUCAAAAACUAGGUCGAUAGGUCAAAUAUUAGAAAAACCUUGUGUAGACAAUAGAGGUCAUAGUUUUCAUCCAAUCUUUAUGAAAUUUGGUCAGAAUGUUUAUCUUGAUGAAAUCUGGGUUGGGAUUGUAUUUGGUUAGUCAGGUGAGCGAUUCAGGGCCAUCAUGGCCCUCUUGUAAUUAUCCUUUGUCAACCUUUAUCUUGUUAACUUUCUACAGGCCACUCUUAUUGUCAAAUCUUCAUGAUACUUGGUGGGAACUGUUGUUCCAAUGAUAUCUUGGCAGAGUUUGAAACUGGGUCACAUGAGGUCGAAAACUAUGUCAUUACAUAAAAUUAAAGAAAAAGCUUUUUAUGUCCCCCACUAUAGUAGUGGGGGACAUAUUGUUUUUGCCCUGUCUGUCUGUUGGUCUGUUGGUCUGUCUGUUUGCGCCAACUUUAACAUUUUGCAAUAACUUUUGCUAUAUUGAAGAUAGCAACUUCAUAUUUGGCAUGCAUGUGUAUCUCAUGAAGCUGCACAUUUUGAGUGGUGAAAGGUCAAGGUCAAGGUCAUCCUUCAAGGUCAGAGGUCAAUUAUAUGUGGCCAAAAUCGCUCAUUUUAUGAAUACUUUUGCAAUAUUGAAGAUAGCAACUUGAUAUUUGGCAUGCAUGUGCAUCUCAUGGAGCUGCUCAUUUUGAGUGGUGAAAGGUCAAGGUCAAGGUCAUCCUUCAAGGUCAGAGGUCAAAUAUAUGUGGCCCAAAUCGCUUAUUUUAUGAAUACUUUUGCAAUAUUGAAGAUAGCAACUAGAUAUUUGGCAUGCAUGUGUAUCUCAUGGAGCUGCACAUUUUGAGUGGUGAAAGGUCAAGGUCAUCCUUCACAAGGUCAAGGUCAUCCUACAAUGUCAAACAUCAUAUAGGGGGACAUUGUGUUUCACAAACACAUCUUGUUAAGACUCUUAAAGUCACAUUUAUAGUCAAUCUUCAUGAAACUUUGUCAGAACAUUUAUUCUAACAAUGUUUUUGCGGAGUUAAAAAAAUGGUUCCAAAUUGUUUAAAACAUAUCCACCAUUGGGCGGGGCAAUUUUUCUUUUAGGCUAUUAUUAAACCUAACAGUCAAGAAGUCACAUUUUUAGCCCAGUCGUUAUUUGUCAGAACAUUUGUCCUAAUAAUGACUUUGCUGAGUUUGAAAAUGGAUCAUGUGAGGUUAAAAACUCGGUAAAUAGUAUAAAUUUAAGAAAAAGCUUUGUAACGAAACAGCAUAUGCAUAGAGUUUAAUCAUAUAACAUAAAUAUUAUGUUAUACAAUAUGACAAUAUGACAGAAAUUGA